AUGCUUGCAGUAAAAUAUCGAUUAUCGCUAAAUUCAGCUCGACAAGUUCUCGCUGCCGGUAUCAAUUAUAGAAAAGAACAGAAACGAUAUGCAACUUUAAAUAUGCAAACACUAAAUCCUCUUGUCAAAGAGGUCGAAUACGCUGUUCGAGGUCCGAUUGUUAUUCGUGCAGGAGAAAUCGAACGUCAAUUAAAGGGCAAGCACGAUUACCCUUUCGAUCGAGUUAUUCGAGCUAAUAUCGGUGAUUGCCAUGCUAGCGGUAAUCAAGCACCAAUUACAUAUAUUCGACAGUUUGUAGCCGGAUGUACUUAUCCCGAGGUAAUGAAUUCGCCUGACUUUCCACGAGAUGUUAAACAACGAGUAGAACGUUUACUAUCAGCAUGUGGCGGUAAAAGUCUUGGUUCAUAUACGGAGAGUCAAGGCAUAAUCACUAUACGAGAAGAUGUUGCAGCCUAUAUUCAACAGCGGGAUGGCUAUCCAGCUGAUGCAGGUAACAUUUAUCUCUGUAAUGGAGCUUCCGAUGGUAUUAAAACUGUCAUCAAGCUUUUAAUGAAUAACGAUCCAGCCAAACCAUCAGGAAUUAUGAUUCCUGUACCACAAUAUCCACUCUACAGUGCAACUUUAUCUGAAUAUGGCGCACAUCAAAUUGAAUAUUAUCUCGACGAAGAUAACAAUUGGGCUCUAAAUAUUGAUGAAUUGGAGCGUUCGUUGAAUGAAGCGAAGAGUAAAUGUGUUCCGCGCGGUAUCGUAGUUAUCAAUCCGGGAAAUCCCACCGGCCAAGUACUUGCACGUGAUAAUAUUGAAAAUGUAAUUCGAUUUGCACAUAAACAUCAAUUAUUUGUCAUGGCUGAUGAAGUCUAUCAAGAAAAUGUUUAUCUACCAGGUUCGAAAUUCUUCUCAUUCAAAAAAGUUCUCAUGGAUCUCGGUGCACCUUACAAUCAAAUGGAAAUGGCACAUAAACAUCAAUUAUUUGUCAUGGCUGAUGAAGUCUAUCAAGAAAAUGUUUAUCUACCAGGUUCGAAAUUCUUCUCAUUCAAAAAAGUUCUCAUGGAUCUCGGUGCACCUUACAAUCAAAUGGAAAUGGCCUCAUUUCAUUCGGCAUCGAAAGGUUGGCAUGGCGAAUGUGGCUCUCGUGGUGGUUACUACGAGUUAAUCAAUCUUGACAAAGAUGUUCGAAUGCAAGUAAAUAAACUAAUCUCAGCAUGUCUAUGUUCGACAUCGUGGGGUCAAGCUGUCAUGGGAGCGAUCAUAAGUCCACCAAGAGAAGGUGAAGAAUCGUAUGAACUGUAUAAGAAAGAACGAACGAUGGUUGUUAAUCGAUUGAAGGAAAAAGCUGAUCUUGUCAGCCAACUGUUCAAUUCAGUUGAAGGUGUACGCUGCAAUGCUGUUAUGGGAGCAAUGUAUGCAUUUCCUCGUAUCGAAAUUCCGAAGAAAGCCAUCGAAUAUGCAAAAUCGAAGAAAAUGGCACCUGAUGCAUUUUAUUGUUUUCAAUUACUUGAAAAGACCGGCAUUUGUGUUGUACCCGGUAGUGGUUUUAAACAACGACCUGGAACACAUCAUCUUCGCACAACGAUUUUGCCACCGGUUGAUCAAAUGAAAGAUAUGGUUGAGCGUUUUCGCACAUUUCAUAUGUCAUUUCUACGAGAAUGGAAAUAG